AUGGGCGGGUUCUGGCUGUGUGUCGCGGAGGCCGUGGGGUCACGACCCGCCGAGGAGUGCCAGGAAAGGUACAUGGCGGAGCUGGAAGGCAGGAAGCGGGCCCCGAGGAAGACCGCCCGGACCAGGAAGGGAGGAGCAGAAGAGAGAGUGCAGAAGCCGCCCGUGAUCGAUGCCAAGGUGGGGACCCUUAAGCGGAAGAAGCAGAUGCGGGACUUCCUGGAGCAGAUGCCCAAGGACAACCACGAGGACGUCUUCACGGCGACACCCUUUCAGAACAGAAACACACAAUUGCCGCAGUUCCGCACCCUCCCGAGGGAAGAUAUCUUCCAGCUGAGAGAGACCCACCCCAUCACUCCCUCGUCUGCCCUCUCUCCUCUGGCAAAGACCCCGCAGUGUGAGCACGUCACUCCUGGCAUGCUGGCCGCCCUGGACAGGAAAGACAACGACAAGCACGUCUUCCACCUGCAGAGGAACCUCAAGGGCAAGGAUCGCACAUGGAAGAACGUGAAAAGGAAGCCGCCUCUGCACAACUUCGGUACGCCAGUCUCGCAAAGAAUGAACAUCUUUACCUAUGAUGAAGGUGUUCCGCUCCAGCUGAAGACCCGGCCGGUUUUCCCAGCCGAGAGAGGAGGAGCGUCUGAUGAAGAAGAAGACGACGAGGGCGACGAGGACUUGUAUUUCUCCACGUAGCUGGCCUCCUGCGUCUUUCCCCGCGUCUUCAGGCAAAUUAGGGGUUUUGUUCCCCCUUCACCUGUCUUUAAUGAAUUGGGCAGUCAGGAGCCGGCUUCAUUGACUGAACGCAAUCCUUGGCUGCAGCCCAGUUCAAGCUGUUGGUAUGAAAGGGGACAGUGUGCAGUUGUGUGUGUGUGUCUCUCUGUGUGUGUCUCUCUCUGCCACCCCACCCCGCUCCCCUGUUUAUGGUGUCCUUUGACCCCCUGCCCCAGUGGCUGGGACAGGCUAUUUUUUUUUUAAAGCAAAAUAACGCGUUUUUUAAAGCUACUGUACAA